AUAUUGAUCUAAGCUGAUAUAAUAUUUUAACCUUUUUAGCUAUUGAAUACUGAACAUGGAGAAAUAUGAAAUCGAUGAUAGUUUUACCGGUGACAAUGGUGAAUAUGACUUGACGUUAAUUGUGGAUGGACAUAAAAUAAGAGUUGCGAAAGCGGUCCUAUGUUUAGCGUCGCCAGUGUUUCGUGCCAUGCUACAGUCUCAAUGUAAGGAGAAGGAUCAAGCUGAAGUUAAACUUCCGGGGAAGAAGUAUAAGGAUUUUGUGGAGUUCCUAAGCUGCUUUUAUCCUGAUAGACUUGAACGAGUCACAUACGAUUCUGUUUACAGAAUUCUUCCAUUGGCUGUUGAAUAUCAAGUAAAGGUACUGGAAAAGGAAUGUCAGAGGCGUCUGGUAAAACUUGUGAAAGCCAGACACUUACCGGAUGCUGUCCAAAUUUACCGCCACCUCCAACUAGCUGAGCUGUAUAAACUUGAGGAUCUUAGAAAAAUUUGCAUUUCUGCAGCAUCUGAUUUAAAGCUGAGUCAAAUGGAAACAGCUGCAGCAGAACAUCCAAUUCCUGAAAACAUUCUUGUACAGAUUCAUCAUCUUGCUCGCCGUAAACAAGAAUUAAACAAAAUGGAUGACGACCUUCUUGCGAAGAAGAAUCAUUCGAAAAGUGCAAGCUAUAUAAGUUUUAUCAAGCAAGAAGCUGAUUUAUCCUGGUGCACGGAUAACCAUCAAAUAACAAAAGCCGCUAGACUUUGGUACAGAUACUGUCAAAAUAAUGAAGAACUACUGAGAAAUAUUAUAACGAGUAUUGAAAGUAUGAAGGUUGAUGAUGUUAUCAAAGAGGAGUGCGAACUGCUCCCAGAAACAAUUAAACAACGUUUAGGAGUUGAUUAUAAUAAGAAUUAAGAAUGAGAUGUAUUUUACUUGUCAGUUAGUGUGCAUAUUUUGUUUUGUUGCAAGCCACUGAUAAGCCUAAUUAUAUUUUAUAAAAAUGUAGUCACAAGAUACUUUUAGAAUAUAUAAGCUUCAUUUUAAUGUACCAAAGUAAAGUGUCGUUUAACAGCUUAGACUCUUCCACGCGUUCAUACUACAUAUUAACUGUAUUCGCCAAGACAGAUCAGCGUCGACAGACAUGCGUUAAUCUGGGUUUGGUGUACUUGUGUGAUAGCCAAUAUACUAAUUUUCACAAAAUUAAGAUCUUUCAAUAUAAUGUAUGAAUUUGUGGCCCUGUCCUACCAAAGAAAUAAUAAUCUGUAAGUAAUUGUUAAUGUAGAUAGGAAUUUCCGGUUCGAUGUGUUGCCUAAAUCAAACCUGACAGUUUUAAACACGAGGCUUCGAUCUUUCUGUAAGACAACGUACAUCCCUAUAUUACACUAUGAAAAAUCCAGUCUGUCUAAAUUGAAGGAAUUCUUGGAUAGUUAUUUUUGCAUCACCGGCAACUCUGCAUCAACAAGAACAGAAAAUUUCUUUCAGUAACGCGGGGUAUCCUACUUGUUUGUGUAAAGCCAAAACUGGUCAUAGUUGAUCAUUGAUAGACAUACAAAAGUAUUUGUUAAUAGUGACAUCUUUUUGGCGUAAAAGACGUGAGAUUCUAAAUAAAUUCAGCCGGUCAACAAAUCAGACAUAUUCUUCAAAGUGAUGUAGUGGAUUUUCGGUAAAUAUGCACAACUCUACUAAUACACUGUAUUCAAAUCCUUGUGAUAUAAUCUAGCCGACUGUCUAUCGGAUGCGAUCUAUUUUGAGAAAGCGAAUGGAUCUGUAUAGUUGUCAAUUUUCAUAGGAUGUCAGUAGAUAACCCACUUCAUUUUGCCAGCCCUGUACGUCAAAUGUCGACGUCAAUGUGAUCUUGAGACUGAAACUGAUGAAUUCCCAUUAAAGACGCAACACAGAAUAACUGUAUUCUUUUGUAUUGCCACGAUGGUAAUUAUACACGAUUCGCACAGACAAAAACAAUUAUCUAGUUACAAAUUGACAGUGACAUAAUAAUAAUUAUAAUGUUAGGCCAAAACUGUGUGUGUGCGUGCGUGUGCGUUCGGGUAAAACGUCUUCUUCAACAAUUUUUCAGUCAUAUAAACGACGGUGUCUACUUGUAGCAGUGAGCAGAAUGCCCAACUUUAUAGUGCUGCCUCACUGGAAUAUCACACCGUUGACACGUGACAUGAUAUCCUGCUCAGUCACAUUAUACUGACACCGCCAAGACAAUGUAUUUAACCUUUAGCCUGCUGGCGGCAAGUGAUUCUGCCUUUGCGACCAGUGCAGCCUGAUCAUGGUCAGCACUGUUCGCUAUUCAGUCAGUAAAUUUUCAGUGAACACCCUUCCAAUAAUAAAUGGUAUUGCCCAAAUUGAAUGAUGGACCAGUCCAUUUUAAAAUUUUUAGCAGUCAAAUAUUUCAUUACAUUUAUAUGGCAGAAUACACAGUAGGCCCUACUUUAUGUAUUAAGUUGACCUUAGAAAAUUUUUGUUUCUACAGUGUAAGAUAGUUAUUUAUUCAUGUUUGUAAAACUAUAGUGAAAAGAGACUGACUGAGUAAGUUUGAAGACGAAGUUGUGAAAACACUUUUAUUCAGGAAGGGCCUGAAGUGUCCAUCUGCCACUUAGUAUUACGGUCUUGUUGUACAUUUACCAUAAUGUCUUGUGUGAUGAUUACAAUAAAAUAUGAUUAAACUAAAAAAAACUUAGUAUUACAGCUGCAUUAUAGCGGCAAUAUUAUCAGAACGACUUUCACGAAGUUCAUGUGGGAGGAAAAUGUAGGUGACUAGGUUGUAGUUGGUCUUUAAUAACUUGAGAGUGUUUUGACCUAGCGUAAUCGAGGUUAAUAGAAUGAUUGCACGUGGUCACUAGAUAACGUGACCCGACAUUGUACCUUGAAGACGAGUGCCAAUAAAUAACUGGAGAAAGAUUUGACUUAUAACUAGAAUGAUUGCCAGUGGCCAUUUGUUGUUUUGAAGGUUAGUAGUUCGACGUUCACACAGACCUUGAGACUGAAACAGUGGACAGCAGCUGGAUACUAAAUGUUUGGGCUAAAAGCUAUCGACCUUAUUAGAUUGCCUUAUUGUCGUGUAGUCUAAAGGUCACUGUGACCUGGACCUUAAACUGAUAGCCUGUAGCCACCAGACUUCAUAACAUUAAUGUUAUGGUCAAUAAAUACACAUAAACGUUACAGCAUACUCGGAACUGAAAAUUACUCACUCAAAUAUCAUUUGGUGUGGGGCGUGGAGGAUAUGCGUUUUCACAAUCGGUUCAUAUUAACCAAGUCAUUUCUUUUUAACCUUGCUUUUUGCGCGAUUAUUGUCGUACUGUGCUGAAUAUUACAUAGUUGAAUAAUAAUAAAGAACAUCAUUUAUAUUGUUUCUGUACAAACUCUCUAUGAUUGGUAAUAUGAACGCUGUUAAUUUUAGAAUAUCUUGAGAAGCUACUGCCAUUUAUGUUCAAAAGCUAUUCAUUUAUCUUGC